GCGUAAGCCUUUUGUCUUCAACCACCACUUGCACAUCCCCCAGUUCGAUAUACCAUGUCACUGACCGCCUCACUCAAAGGCAAGCUUGCACUUAUCACGGGUUGCACCGGUGGUAUAGGUUCAGCGACUGCGAGGUUGCUCGCACAGUAUGGGUGCUCUAUUGCCGUUCACCACUCCUCUGAGGCCACCAAAGCCAAGGCCGACGAGCUUGUCGCGGAACUGACCAAGCACGAGGGCGUAAAGGCCGCAGCUUUCCAGGCAAACCUGCUGACGUUUGAAGAGACGAAGAAGCUGUAUGACGAAGUGGUCCAGAAACUGGGAAACCCAGACAUUCUCUUCGGGAAUGCCGGGGCGCCUUUCACCCAGAUUGGCCCAACUGGUAACAUUAGAGACAUCAGUCCCCAGGAGUUUGAGAAUACCUGGAGGUUGAACGUUGGAGCGGACUAUUACCUCAGCCACCUCUGCGUCCCUCACAUGGAGCAACAGAAGUGGGGCCGCGUCGUCUUCACUUCAAGCGUGGGAGCUUUGACUGGCGGUGUCGUCGGCCCUCAUUACGCCUCCUCGAAGGCUGCCAUCCAUGGGCUCGUCCGCUGGUUGUCUCUCCGAUACGCAAAGGACGGCAUUUGCACCAAUGCCAUCGCGCCGUGGUUGAUUGAAGACACGGGCAUUGUACGCAAUGCAACCCUGCCGCCCGACAUUGCCUCCCAGAUCCCUGUUGGCAGACUCGGAAGGCCGGAAGAGGUCGCUUCCGUCGUUCUCAUGCUUGUCCAGAACGGUUUCAUGACCAACAAGGUCAUCACCAUCGAUGGCGGCUGGACCAACGGUGGCUUGUAGAAGAACGAGGCGGUCAAAUGAACAGAGCACGCGCCACAAUAUCAUAUCUCCGAUCUGUAUAGUUAGAUAUUUGGCGAUGAGAAUAGAAGGCAUAAAAUAUAUGU